AUGAGACGAAUCUUUGGUACAUCGGAAAAAAAGGAGCCACAAACAACGCUAACCGAUGCAAUAGCAAACGUUGACUCACGUACCGAGAGCAUUGAGAAAAAGAUAGCUCGUUUGGAUGGUGAACUUGUGAAAUACAAGGAUCAGAUGAAGAAAAUGCGGGAAGGACCGGCCAAAAAUCAACUGAAACAGAAAGCUCUACGUAUACUGAAACAAAAACGUAUGUACGAGAACCAGAGGGACCAACUAAGUCAACAGUCUUUCAAUAUGGAACAGAGCAACUUCGCUAUUCAGGGAAUGAAAGAUACCCAGACUACUGUGUUGGCCAUGAAACAAGGCUUGAAAACUAUGCAGAAGGAAUACAAAAAGUUGGAUAUUGGCAAAAUCGAUAAACUUCAGGAUGAAAUGGAGGAAAUGCUUGAUAUGAAUAAUGAAAUUCAGGAAGCUAUGUCGCGACAAUAUGAGACGCCAGAUAUUGAUGAAGCUGAUUUGGAAGCUGAACUUGACGCUUUGGGGGAUGAAUUUGAAGCAGACAUAGAUACUUCUUAUUUAGAUGAAGCGUUGAAUGCACCAGGUGUACCAUCUAAAGAACCAGGAUACGAAAGCAAGGUGAUAGAGGGAGGGAUUGCAGUGGAUGAAUUCGGCCUACCAAAAGUUCCUGCAAACAACUAA